ACUGCACUACUGGAAAACAUUCAUAUGGCUACAUCUUCACUGUGUGAUACUUUAUUGGCAUUCGCUGUUACGCAAGAAAAAACUAUGAAUGAAGAAUCAGGAAAACCACAGGAUGAAUUGACUGUGUCAGGUGACAGUACUUGGAAGAAAAGAGGCUUUUCAUCUCUGCUCGGCGUAUCUACGUUGAUCGGCAAGUACACUGGGAAAGUUUUAGAUGUCAUGAUCAUGAGUAGUUUUUGUGGUGGAUGUAAUUUGUGGAAAAAUAGAAAAAAAACAAAUCUUUUAGAAUACGAAAUGUGGUAUGAAAUGCAUGUAGAUGAAUGCACCAUAAACCAUUCCAGAAGUUCCGGUCAAAUGGAAAUAAGUGCCAUCACGAAAAUGUUUCUGAGGUCUGUAGAAAAAUAUGGCGUAAAGUAUCUAACAUACAUUGGCGACGGUGACAGCAAAACUUUCAAGGGGAUGCUAGAUACUAAACCGUAUGGAGAUACUGCGGUAACAAAAAAACAAUGUGUGAGUCACGUAGAAAAGAGGAUGGGAACACGACUUCGGGCUGUUAAAAAGGAUAAAACCAAUAAAGGAAUAGGAGGAAAAGGAGCAGGUGAACUUACUGAUAAAGUUAUCCAAGAAAUUACAAAAUUCUACGGAUUAGCAAUUCGACGCCAUCCAGAUUUGCUUGAAGAUAUGAGAAAGGAAGUUUGGGCAACGUACUAUCACAAAUGUUCUUCUGAUCAAAACCCUCAGCAUCAAUUUUGUCCAGAAGGCGAAGACAGUUGGUGUAAAUGGCGUAAGGCUGAAGCUAAUAAUGAACUGGACCAAUUUCAUCACGAUAAAUCACCUCUAAUUCCGCAAGUCCAAGAAGCUAUCAAACCGGUUUUCGAAGAUUUAUCGAAAGACGAAUUAUUAAUUCGUUGUUUAGGAGCAGAGACACAAAACAAUAACGAAUCUUUGAAUUCUUUGAUUUGGACUUUCGCUCCUAAACAUCUUCAUUCUGGUCCCAAGAUUGUUGAAAUUGCUAGCUACUUAGCAAUUAUUAUCUUUAAUGAAGGUUUUCAAGGAAUUUUAAAAGUUAUGUCGAUUAUGGGAUGCCCUGUUGGUCGUGAAGCCCAAGCGUAUGUUGAGAAACGGGAUGAAAAGCGAAUCUUACGUUCUGAGCGGCGCGUAAGUGAUGUCGUUAAACAAGCCAGGAUUGACUCAAGAGCUGAACAAUCUGCUUCAAAAGAGUUUCACGAGGAAGAGGAAGGAAUACUCUAUGGACCAGGCAUCGUCGAUUGAGAAGAGACUGCUUUCUCGACAAAUUGUCUAUGUACACAGAACUCAAAUGCAUCUACUUCAUCGCUUGCCUUUUUUUUUGUACAUAAAUCAGGU